AGGAGAAAGAGACACAUGUCAGACCGGAUCGAGCAGGGGAAUGUACCGGAUUCCGCUGCACAUGCCCGGGCUGUCCGGCACUGAGGGCUGCGCUGCGUUAACGGGAUACGACACCGGGCUGAACCAGGGGCGGGAGGACCGGACUGGGAUAGUGUGAAAGGGAGUCACCUGGCUGCGCGGAGGGAGAGGAGGACGGGAGGGUCUCAGGGGGAGCUGUGCCCAGCUAUCAGAGCUUUUGUUUUGUGUUAACAACACUGCUUCUGCGCAACGGAGUGUCGGCGCAAAGUUUCCUCGAUGGCGCUGGUGAUGGAGCCGGUGAGCAAAUGGAGCACGAGCCAGGUGGUGGACUGGAUGAAGGGUCUGGAUGACUGCUUGCAGCAAUAUGUGGGUGUGUUUGAGCGUGGAGGUGUGUGCGGGGAGAGGCUGCUGAGGAUUAGCCACGCCGAGCUAGAGGAGCUGGGAGUUUCUCGCAUUGGACACCAGGAGCUCAUUCUGGAGGCUGUCGACUUGCUCUGUGCUCUGAACUCAGGUCUGGAGACUGAGAGUGUCAGGACUCUGGCGCACAAACUUGGCGCCUCAGCCAAAAACCUGCAAAACUUCAUUUCCGGCCGCCGCCGCAGCAGCCAAUCAGAGAGCAGGUCCUCGCGGCGACUCCCCAACGAUCUGCUGACCUCUGUGGUCGACCUUAUCACCGCCGCCAAGAGCCUGCUAGCGUGGCUGGAUAGGUCUCCCUUUGCUGCAGUGGCAGACUACUCAGUAACCCGAAAUAAUGUCAUUCAGCUCUGCCUGGAGCUCACCACCAUUGUACAGCAGGACUGUACGGUGUUUGAGACUGAGAACAAAAUCCUUCAUGUGUGCAAAACUCUUUCGGAGGUGUGUGAGCACAUUGUUUGUGUGUCAUCGGACCCGCUGGUAUCUCAGUCAGCCCACCUGGAGCUGGUUCACCUCACCAACAUCAAACCCUCUGAAGGCCUGGGAAUGUACAUCAAAUCGACCUAUGAUGGCCUCCAUGUGAUCACAGGAACCACUGAAGGGUCUCCAGCUGACCGCUGUAAGAAGAUCCAUGCGGGAGAUGAAGUCAUUCAAGUCAAUCACCAGACUGUGGUGGGCUGGCAGUUACGCAACCUGGUCGGCUCACUGAGGGCCGAUAAAGGCGUCGUGUCCCUGACCCUGAAGAAGCGUCCCCAGAGCACGCUUAGCUCCGCCCCUGCUCUGCUGAAGAACAUGCGCUGGAAACCCCUAGCUCUGCAGCCCACCAGAAGCCCAGGCAGCAGUUCUGCCACACCCUCAGGCACACCCACCAAGAGCUCCGCCCUCCAGGACCUUCAUAUCCCCCCUCCACCUGCUGAGCCAUACACACCCAGAGAUGAGACAGGAGCCUUAUCUGGAGAUGAGGCAUCUCGUAACCAUGGUGGUGUCAGCGCCGCUAAGCGCUCUGAAUCACCAAACUCCUUCCUGGAUCAGGAGUCUCGCCGGAGAGAUGAGGAGGAUCCUGUGUACUGCACCACGCCAACAUAUGGUAGGCUGAGGCCCAUCUCCAUGCCUGUGGAGUGUAACUGGGUGGGCGACUAUGAAGACCCAGCCAAGCUUAACAGAGAAAGCCGCAGAGAAGCGUCGCUGAUGCGUUAUGUUGGACUGUCCGGUGUGGACGAGAGGACCAGCUCAGAAGACUACUCUUCCCACACAGCGCGUCCGGGCAAACGGUCCAGCGACACGGCUAAACGUGCCAAGAGGCGGAGCCACCACAGCCAAAGCCCCUCCCACUACGUCCUCCAGACAAACCAGAGAGACUCUCCCCCGCGAGACCCUGCCUCCAUUUAUCAUACGUACCAACAGCCCUCCUCUCUGCAGUCAAAGACCAGGAAGAAGAACAAAGGACGAAAUCUGGCCUCUUUGAGUCGGAGGCGUGUUUCCUGCAAGGCGUUGGGCAGAGGAGACUGCGAGGGCUGGCUGUGGAGAAAGAGAGACGCAAAGGGUUAUUUUUCUCAGAAAUGGAAGAAGUACUGGUUUGUUUUGAAGGACAACUGCCUGUACUGGUACAUCAAUGAGGAGGAUGAGAAGGCGGAGGGUUUUGUCAGUCUUCCAGAGUUUAAGAUCGACCGAGCCAGUGAAUGUCGUAAGAAGUAUGCUUUCAAAGCAUGUCACCCGAAGGUCAAGAGUUUCUACUUUGCAGCAGAUGGAGUGGAUGACAUGAACAGAUGGCUGAGUCGUCUCAACAUGGCCGCUGUGGGCUACGCUGAGCGGGAGAGGAUGCGCCAGGAGCAGGAUUACUGGAGUGAGAGUGAGCAUGAGGAUGACACUACCUCCAGCCCCAAACAGGACAGUCCCCCACCUCCAUAUGAUACCUACCCACGGCCUCCAUCAAUGAGUGCCUACUUGGAAGGCCGGACCACUCGUCUGUCUUCCACGGAGACGUCUCGCUCUCGUUCUUCCCAAGAGGACUUCCUCUGUGGCGAGCCGCCCACAGUGGCUGCAGAGCCACAGUACCAUCCUGGUCCUCUAGUGGGAGGCACUACACAUAGUGGGAGAAAGCCAGGGGGCAGCAGCAGCAGCGAUGUGCAGUACAGAUGUGAACCUGUAGAGUACCGUUCCAGUCCUGCGGGGGGCAGCAGUGAAACGGGGUCUCCUGGCCGCUCGUCCUCAUCUCAGAGACGUUCCUGGCAGGAUCUGAUAGAGACACCACUGACCGAGGCUGGACUGCACUACCUACAAACUGGACCGCUAGAGGACGCAGUAUUUGCGGAGUCUGGUCCGGGUGGGGGGACUAUGAUGGCUGGAGCUGUUUACACUCUUCCUGCACAAAGGAAUGUCCCGUUGCCCAUGGCAAUGCAGAGGCUGAUUCCUAUGGCAACCCAGGGAGGGAAACCCCGCAGCUUCACACUGCCACGAGACAGCAACCUACACACACUCCUCUCACCCCCUGCAAAAGAAGAACAGCAGACACGUAACGGUGGCAGCGAGGGUGCAUCCCUUGGCGACCUGUUUCGUGCGUGCGAGCAGGGCGGGGUGUGUCCUCUUGGCCGUGGCUCGGAAGGCAAAGGCCAGUCAGAGUUCAGACAGUCUUUCCUCCGACGGGCGGCCGACCCUCAGCUCAACGAGCGUCUGCACCGCCUCCGCAUACUGACGUCCACGCUGAAGGACAGGGAGGGGGAGCUAGCGCUGAUUGAAAGGCUAUUGGCCAGUCCCCAGCUGUCGUCGGCAGAGUUCCAGGAGUGGAAAAGAGCCUAUCAGGAGCUGUUCUCUCAGGAGCCAGACUCGACCGCUGAUUCAGACCCUGGCCCGCCCCUCACCCCCUCACUCUCUCACACACACUCCUACAUCGAGACCCACGUCUGACCUGUAAAACACACUCACCUCACACACGCUUAAGUUGCUCACAUCUCCUGGUUCAGGAAAGAGUUGAACAAACGGCAGUGGACGUUUGGGUGCAUCAGGGUCGCGAUCAGUGAUGGAAUUUGUCCAAAGAGGAGGCUAGGGACAGCUUGACUUCAUAUCCAGAUAUGCUUUCAGCAGCCGCAGUCUACAAGUGCAACAUGACAGCUUUGUGAGGAGACGCCCGUGUGGCCCUCAUGUCAUAUCAAUCCGCAAGCUGAUUGGUUAUGCCACUCCAGCUGGCUCGGGGGCGGACGAUAAACUGGUCCUUAAAUAUUACAUGUUAGCUUUUGUGCUGUUAAAUACUCUCCAUGGAAAACGCCAUAUACAGAAGCAACAAAACUUACUUUGGACGUCAGUUUGGUCCUCCUGACAAGAACAGAGAUGUUAGAAUAGCUCCUUCAUGAGCCACCAUUGUCAGUAUUUCAUCCUGCUUAUUGUGGCAUGUUUAUACUGACUGCACAGUGUUUCAUAGACAGUCUCACAGCCACAGAGUGACACAUAUUAUAUACUAUCAAGCCUUAUACUUGAUGUCUAUGAUGAUAUUUUCUGUACAGUGGAUGUUACUGCAAACAACAUUUAGCACAGUUUCUUUUUUAAAAUCAUCUAGUUUCUAGUUAUAAAUAUGUUUGUCAGUGCUGAUUUGGUAGAAGUACUGUGCUGGGCUGGACCUGAAGCAUGCACACUCCUGGAAUGGGACCCAUUUAAAGGAAAAACCCACCCUAAAAAUACUUUAACACUGUUUUCACAGCUAGUGAGCCCACACUGUGAUAUGUUUCUGUUGUUCUUGCCCAAAAUUGAGUUUCCCUGUACACUCCCUGUCAUGCUGCUACUUCAUUUUCACUGUCAGUUUGACUUUAUCUCUCAGAGUGUUGUCUCAGAAUGUAAAUGUUAAUACCAUUCAAUUAAUUUUACAUUUAAUAUCACCUGCUUUAUAGAGCUCAUUAAUUCAUAUCUAAACGUAAAUACCUCCUUUAAAUUGUAUCGACAGAAAUCUUAAACAUUUUCAGUUAAAUAUUCUAACUUACAAGAAUUCAUUAUUCUUAUAUAUAAUAGUUUUAUGCAGUUAUAUCUCCAUAAACACAGCUCAUGUUCAAAAAAGGCAUCCAUAAUAAUAACUGCAUGAACAAACUGUAAUGCAAUCUGUAAACUGUAAUCCCCCGAUCCAGUGAUAUCACAUUUUUUUUCAAGCCUGUCUGAGUCACUACUGAUGCAUCUUGAUGUACAUUGAAAGGUCUUCCUGCUGUUCAUAAUGGCACAAUAGAUCCAUGCGAAAGUAUUUUUAGUGUAAGAAAUGGACAGAAUCCACCAUCCAGGAUAAAACUACAUAAUGCAAAAAUUCAGACUGGAAAUUUGAUUAAAAAAAAUGCCCAUUUGACCUGUCUAACUCUGUAGAAGCUUUCUUCAGCAGACCUUCAUAAUGCAACCUACCUAACCCUUAUCCCUAAUCAUUUACCAAAGGGUUUGUUGAGGUAACAUUAUCAAAACUUUGCAGCUCUAAGGACUGAGGAAAGUUGAUUGUCCCCUCUGUUUUGUAGAAAUUUUAACCUAACGUUGGUUUGAUAUGCAGAUUUCAUUUGAUUAUUUAAUUUUAUGAGACAGUUUAUUGACAGUGUGUUAGUCAUUGUGUACACGAGGAAUACCUUAAAAUGCUACAAAUGCUGUUUGUGUUUGGACCUGUUUUCUAUCUUUUCUUUUUUUUCCCUUUGAUUUCCAGCAGUUUAAAUGGGCAUCCUCACUAGGAGGUGGUGUUAAACCUGACAUUAUGGCAACCGCAUAUAUAUGAGUAAGCAACAAGUGGUUCAUGAAAGGUUGUUCUGGCGGCCUCAUAAAAGCAUCCUGAGAAACACAAAAACAUCUCUAACUUAAGUAGUCAUAAAAUCACAGAUUAAGUCCUCAAACUUUCUGGACUGAUUAUCUUUUAUAUAACAGUGUAAAAGUUUCUAAGGGUGGAUUUUUCCCCAGAGGCUCUCUGUAUCCUGCAUGCCACAUAGAGAAUAUAAGAAGAUAAUUUGCAUAAGAACUGAAAUAUGGAUCUAAUAAAAAUAUAUUAGUUUGUUAUUUGUAAGCUGCUGGCAAAUGACUUCAUACUCAGAGACACUGCACUAAACUAUAAAAGCAAUUGUAUACACAAAUGCACACAAAGACAUGCGCACAUGCUAAUAAACAACAAACAAACACAGUCUGAAUGCUCUUUCUAUGCUGCUGCCCGUGGUUGGUUGUAGUAGCAUGUCUUUGUUGUAGAUAAACACAAUAUUCCUUUUCUGUUUUUGUGUUUGAAAUCUCUAGAUACAGUAGAUCUCUCUUUAUAGAGUGCAAAGUGUCUUGGAUAAUGUUCUCUAAUUCUAUCAGGUUUUUUGGACAGUUGCGUAAAGAUUGUUUAAUGUUCUAUAAAUUAUGGUAAAAUAACAGUAUUUAUUUACGUGAUCAAUCUGCGUGUUUUGUUGGAAGAAGAGGGUGGAUCAAUAAAGUGUGGUCGUUUGGCUGAAGUUGUAUUUGUGGUUUGUUUUCGUUUCGGUGGACGGUGAUAAAGGAGAGGAGGCUGACAGGAUGCAAUGAGGGAUGCUGAGCGCCGGUAACAGCUGCUGCUGUCAACAAGAGACACUGAGAGAGAGACCAUAACAAACCAAGAGAGAUCAUCUGGUUUAGAGACUCAACUCUGCUCCUUCUCCCAGCUGAACUGUCCCAAUCCCUGCCCAUUUCCCUCAACGCUAUAAUCACAGCUGAACAAAAUCUGCAUCAGCUCUACUGCAGGAGGACUAAAUUGAGACCCGUAAUUGUUUUAGUUUAUCUGACAUUAUUACAUUAUGUUUCCACGCUACUUUUUAUGUACAUUUUCAGGUUUCAGUGGCGAUGAAAUUUAACAAAAGCUAUUCCACUUUGCUGAGUUGGAAAAGAUGUUAAAAAAAUGCAAUAAAUGUCUCCACCUCCUCCUACUGUAAAAAAGUGAAGACUGCAACUGAGCAGGAGUGUUUGGGCAGUGGAGCCAUGGGAUCAAGUUCCCGUCCAUACACCAAUCUGACCCAA